GAGUCGGGGAGAGAAUGUUAUGGUAUUCAGUAACAUAACAAAUCAUCUUUUCAGCAGCAUGAUGCCAUAUUGUGCUAUUUUUAUUGAAGACCAACUUUCUGGGUGAUGGUUUAUUUGGUUGGAUAUAACUGUAAAGAUAUCUUUCAUGAUUUUAAGAACAUGGUUGGGAAAGAGUUCAACGUGAGAGUCCCGACUUAAUCAUUUAUAUCAUCUCCAGUGAGGGUGCUCUUUUCUUAGUUCGAUUUCACACUUGGCGUUCAAAUAAGCAACUUGUUGGUACUUGUUAAAAGAAAAUCCAAGUUGUUGCAGCACUAAAUUCAAUUGCUCCAAGGCACCAAGUGUCCUUUAUGCUAUUUGGACUUGGUUUAUCUGCAGUUCUAGUUGUUAAAAGUUUAGGAAUUUUUCUUGUUACUCAACCUUUCAUCUUUCUCAUUGAAUGAUUGUGCCUUUCUUCUGAAUUUUGUUGUUCUUGAAUCGGCUUUUUUCUGUUUCCUUUCCUUUCUUCCCUGGGGUGUUGAAAUCUCCAUGCUCUUUGGCUCGCUCAUGUAGAGGAAGUAAAAGUUGGACCAUGUUAUUCUGUUGACAUUUGAAUUGAAAUCAUGAUUGGUAAUAUUCCCAGUUUUCAGGCCAAUGGCGUAAAGAAUUCUCUCUAUUUGGAUGAGACAAUAAAAGGUCUCUGUUUCUCAGGAAGGGUGGCUGAAGCAGUUGGAAUAUUGUGCCGCUCUGGUGUACAGGUGGAGGCAGAAACUUAUUCCCUUGUUUUGCAAGAGUGCAUUUUCCGCCAAGCGUAUAAGAAAGGGAAAAGAGUCCAUUGGCAAAUGAUUACUGUCGGCUUUGUUCCAAAUGAAUAUCUGACUGUUAAGUUGUUAAUUUUGUAUGCAAAAGCAGGAGACUUGGAUACAUCACACAUUAUAUUUGAUAAGUUACAAUUUAAAAGCUUGGUUUCGUGGAACGCUAUGAUUGCUGGGUAUGUGCAGAAGGGCAUGGAGGAAGUAGGCCUGAGUCUGUACCAUGAUAUGAAACAGAGAGAUGUACUUCCAGAUCAGUAUACCUUUUCAUCAGUCUUUAGAGCCUGUGCCUCUUUAGCUGUCCUGGAGCAGGGCAAGCAAGCACAUGCUUUGUUGAUUAAAAGCCAAAUUAGUGGAAAUAUUGUAGUUAAUAGUGCGCUUAUGGACAUGUAUUUCAAGUGUAGUUCUCCAUCUGAUGGCUAUCUCGUGUUUAGUAAGUCCUUGGAAAGGAAUGUGAUAACAUGGACUGCUCUGAUAUCAGGGUAUGGACAAAAUGGAAGAAUAAAAGAUGUUCUGGAAUCAUUUCAUAGGAUGAUAGAUGAAGGAUAUAGGCCAAACCAUGUUACGUUUCUUGCAGUUCUUUCUGCUUGUAGCCAUGGAGGUCUGGUAGAUAGAGGUAAGGAGUAUUUUUCAUCUAUGAUGAGAGAUUAUGGGCUUCAACCAAGAGGAAAGCACUAUGCAGCUAUUGUGGAUCUUCUAGGCCGUGCUGGAAGAUUACAAGAGGCUCAUGAGUUUGUCAAAAACUCACGUUGUGAGGAGCACCCAGUACUAUGGGGCUCUUUACUUGGGGCUUGUAAGAUUCAUGGUGAUAUCGAGAUGGUAAAACUUGCUGCUAGAAAUUUCUUCGACUUGGAGCCUGAGAAUGCAGGCAAAUAUGUUGUCUUGUCUAAUGCUUAUGCUUCUUUUGGUUUGUGGAACAAUGUUGCGGAGAUAAGGAGAUUGAUGAAAGACUCGGGGGUGAAAAAGGAGCCUGGUUAUAGUAUGAUUGAGGUUCAAAGACAAGCACAUUUCUUCUUUAUGGAACAUAAUGCUCAUGAACAGACUGCUGAGAUAUAUAAAUUGGUCAAAGAUAUGGCAGGUAUCUUAAAAGACGCUGGCGAUGUUCAAGAUUUACUGAGUUAAAGAGAAAGGACAAACAACAAUAUAGGAUGAACAUUUGAUUGAAUCCUCAGCCACUUAGCUGCAAAGAGUCUUAUUAAACGGGCAAUUUGCUGUAUCUCGAAAAGUGCCAUGCAUGUCACACUCCAGCUGUAUGCUCGUAUCCUUUUAAGCUAUAAAAGUGGAAACACUAACAUUCAAACAUAGAAAGAGAAACAGGCUUCAGCCUUUGUGCUAUAAGUCGGGAAUGCACUUUCCAGACACAAGCCAUGCUUUCCUGGAAUUUGUGAUCCUUUGACAGAAAUCUUCUGUGGAGAUGCCAUUUGCCUUUGAAUGCAAAAAUUGGAUUGUGAUCUCCCCACAGUUUCAACUGUUAGUUUGGCAAGCAGGGGCUUGCUAUUUGCUUCUAUGAGGAACAUGUAUGUGAACAAACAGAUGAAUUGCCUUAUUACCAAGUAAUGUGAUGGCCUCGGUUUAUUGGAUGUGAUUCUUAAUAAAAUAAGUUUACCAUUGAAAACAUAUUCUCUUAAGGUCAUCUUUUACUAUAUUGUAGUAACAGCGGAGUUGAGUAGUUUCCAAUAAAAUGCUUAAAAAGCCAUACGUCAUCAUAAUUUGAACCUAUAGCAAAUGAGUUUGUUUCUUCUAUGAUACUAUAUACUAACCAAUGCUGCCACGGAUUGAUGAAUUUUGGGCAUUCUAGGAAAUCUAUUUGUAUUUAUUUUCUUAUGCUAUAUUGCUAUGUCUGGUGGUUAAGCAGAUCAUUCUAUGCUGUUGCCAAAAUACAUUUAGGCAAUUCAUUUAUAAGUGUUGAUAGUGUUUGAAAAGAUUUUAGAAUCUUUACCAACCUAUGAAUGUUACUCUGGAACUGACAUAAUUCCAUCUACCUGGCACAUCAAGAGCUGCAAUUGUGUGAACAAGCAUAAAAAAGUGGGUGGAAAUUUAUGUCUUCAUAUAGUGGAAAUAUUAAUAACUACUUGUCGGAUAAAUCAGGAUAAACAAGUCCUUUAAUGGUUUACUUAUUUGUGUUAGACUAUGCAAUCCUUAUUUUAGUUGCAGUUGCAGUUUGCAUGGCUCUCUAUCUUCACUGCAUACUUUUGUUGUCCUUUCUAUGCAUCCUGUUGAACACGAAAAUAAAUUUGAGCCUUCAGUUCCUUCCCAGUUGAACUGCAGUUUGUGUACGGAUCAAUCUCGUGUAGCCAGCCGCGCAGAGAAGUAAAACCAGCAUAUUCUGUUUCCUUUUGUUCAAUUGAUGGUAUCAUUCCGAAGGAGAUUGGUCCUAUCUUGUGGGGAUAACCAUAUAAUACAUUUUGUUCUGACUUCUGAGAUUGUUCCUAUGAUUCUUUACAUCAAAAUUUACUAAGUUAGUAAUUGCCUUGAAGAUAUCAAAAGUUUGAUAAUACAAUUAUGGACAUAUAAUUUGGAUUCACAAAGAUGCUAACUUCUGAGUUUUGAAGUGCUGCUUGAACUUUGAUGAUCUUGAUAGAUAUUUAAGGCUUCCUGAUGUUCUCAUAUCAUUGUCUGAUUUAGCUUUUGUGCUAUUUCCCCUCU